UUCUCUCUCUCUCCUCUCAACAUACUUACCAUACCUAUUCCCUAUUAUCUCCUACCUGACCUGACCCUACAUCCAUCUCCCUCCUCCUCCUCUCCCUCUCCCUCCCUCCCUCUCCGCUCUCUCUCCGAAACUAGGUACACUCCGAUCGGUCUUCAAGGACAGGACCAGACGUAGACACCACCCAUCGCCCACAAUGGACUCCCCGUGGGGUCUCGUCAAGCUCAUCGCUCCCCAAAUCCCGGGUCUAUCAUAUGCUGCAGCCCAACACACCCUCGGCCUCAGCCCGACGGCAAAGUCCUGGGAUUUGCGAACGGAAAUUACGGUCAAAGUGCUCAAGGACAUGAUGAGUGGAGGGAGUGGCGGCAAGAGGAAGGCUCCGUCAAUCCUAAAGGUGCAGAAGCAGACUAUCAAAGAGCCAGGCAAGAAGGGCAAAACUUGGAUUGCAGACGCCACAAUUCCUCCGCCACCCCAGAGCGAUGAGGAUGGUAGCGAUGUCUUAGGUCUGAGGGAUAUCGUGUUCAAAGCUAUUGACGAUAUGGCGCCCAACAAGGAGGCGCUGAGAUAUACCAAGCCAGAUCUGGGGGAUCUCGAAGUCGAGUGGACAGGCUACAGACCUAAUGCGAGCAACGAUGAACCCCUACCGAACGUCAGUGAAGAGGAGAAAUACAAGCGUCUCAUGGCCGAACCAACUCGCACGAGCGAAGCCACGAUUCUCUAUCUUCACGGCGGAGCAUACUAUCUAUGUGAUCCCCGCACACACCGAGCCCUCACAUCCCGCCUCGCCAAGGAGUCCCACGGUCGCGUCUGCUCUGUCCGCUACCGUCUCGCCCCUCAAACCGCCUUCCCGGGGCAGCUACUCGAUGCCUUUCAAGUAUAUCUCUCUCUCCUCUACCCACCGCCCGGCUCCAUGCACGAAGCCGUGCCGGCCGAAAACAUUAUCCUCGCAGGCGACUCAGCAGGCGGGAAUCUCAGCUUUGCCCUGCUUCAACUCAUCCUGCAACUACAUCGCACUUCCCAAGGAGUUCCUCUUGUCCGUUUCUAUGGAAAAGAUGUCCACGUUCCCAUUCCCGCAGGUGCCUCGGCAAACUCGGGCUGGUUCGAUAUCUCCCGUUCCAUGCCCAGCAUCAAAACCAACGGUAAAUACGACUACCUCCCGCCCGCCAACCACGACGACGCCAUCUCCAUAUUUCCUCAAGACUCCGUCUGGCCCACCGACCCUCCCAGAGGCGACAUAUUCUGUGACUUGAGUCUCCUCGACCAUCCCCUCGUAUCGGUAGUCCUCGCUUCCGACUGGACCAAUUCUCCUCCCCUGUGGAUGUGCUGUGGCGAUGAGUUGCUCGCAGACGAAGACGUCGUGGUAGCGACACGAGCUGCGAAUCAGAAUGUCAAAGUCACUUUCGAGUGGUACGAAGCAAUGCCCCAUUGUUUCGCCAUGUUGUUACCCCAUCUUGCGAAUAGCAAGAGAUGUUUAGCCAGCUGGGGCCAGUUUGCUCAGAAAUGUACGGUUCAGACCGAGGGGGAGGCUCUACAGACCUGUGGAGUGAGGAUCGCUGCCAAGAGUGGAAAGGAAGACGUGGUCGAUGUGUAUGGUUUGAAGGCGGUGCAGUCGGAAGAGGUGACGAGACUUGUAAAAGAGGCGAAAGAUUUGAGAUUGAAAGGGUGGGAGAAGGAGGGGAAAGGGAUGCCGAAGCCUGCAUUGUAGACGGAUGAAACCUGGUCUGAUCGAGAAAUGGGAGGAGUGAAGGAAUGAGGAACUGCGAAUUUAUCAAAGAU